AUGAUAUUUAUCUCAAAACGAAACAUUGGAAAUGAACAUUCAUCGAAUAAAGAAGCAUGUUUAUCCAUCAUAGGUCUUUUUUUAACUAUUGGAUUUAUCGGUGGUCUAGCUGGAUUAAUUUAUGGUUUAGUCAAAGGUAGUUUAUCUGGAACUAUCGGUGGUGCAAUUGUAUUGGGUAUUUCAAUAUUUUUAACUAUUAUAUUUGUUUUUACAAUUGUAAUUUGUUUAAAAAAUAAUAAUAUUAAUUCAAAUACGAAUCAGCAACAACACCAUCGUGAACGAAAACAAAAUCGUCAAACAAAACAUGACGAUUCUUUACGUGAAAUAAAAACAAUUUCAACUGUACAGAAAUAUGAACAAAAAAAUGAUUUGAGUAGACAAAUGUCUUCAUCGUCUAUUCCGAAUCAAUUAGCAGGAAAAAAAUAUUAUGGUUUUACUAAACAUGCAAUGCAGCCAUCGUCGAAAUCAUUCACUUUUACUUAUUUAAAUGAUAGUCAUUCAUCAAUUAAUAGUAAUAGUUCAAGACAAAAUAAUUAUAAUCGACAUUAA